UCCUUCCUGGAAACAGGAACAGCUAGAUGGCAGUCAGCACUAUCAACAUGGCACCUUAUUUUACUGGCUAUCCUUUUCAAGGACAGGGUCGCGUGAACCAGCUGGGCGGUGUGUUCAUCAACGGCCGUCCAUUACCGAAUCAUAUCCGUUUGAAGAUCGUCGAGAUGGCAGCGGCCGGCGUCAGGCCGUGCGUCAUAUCGAGACAGCUCAGGGUCUCGCACGGCUGCGUCUCGAAGAUCCUGAAUCGGUAUCAGGAAACGGGAUCGAUCAGGCCCGGCGUGAUCGGCGGCAGCAAGCCGCGAGUCGCCACGCCGGAGGUCGAGGCGAGGAUCGAGGAUCUCAGGCGGCAGAACCCGGGGAUCUUCAGCUGGGAGAUACGAGAGAAAUUGAUAAAGCAGGACGGAGUCUGCGACAAAGCCUCGGCACCUUCCGUGUCCAGUAUCACCAGACUUCUACGUGGACCGGCCAAUCAGACGCGUCCCGGCGAUGAUCUACGUAGAAAUCACUCUAUCGACGGUAUUCUGGCUGGAAGCAGCGGCGACGACUCCGAGACGGAAAGCGAACCCGGCAUCGCGCUAAAGAGGAAACAACGCAGAAGUAGAACUACGUUCACCGGUGAACAACUGGAGCAACUGGAGGCAGCUUUUCAUCGGACGCAAUAUCCUGAUGUGUACACUAGAGAGGAACUCGCACAGAAAACGAAGCUAACGGAGGCGCGGGUGCAGGUCUGGUUCAGCAACAGGCGUGCCAGGCUUCGCAAACAGCUGAACAGCCAACAACUGAACGCCUUCAACAUGAGUCUACCUUUCCAAACCCAACACUACGGCAACGGUGCUGAGAGCUAUCAGAGCUACGGGCAGGCGAGCGUUGCUGCCGCCGCAGCAACCACCGCCGGCUAUUCUCAGCACUAUAACUACGGGGAGAACUACUACGCGGCGCAGCAGCAAUGGCCGCGGGCGACUCCGGACAACUAUGGAUUGUUCAACGCUUCCCAUUACGGCAGCAGUAAUCUUGCCUCCAAUUUGACUUCCACUAAUCUCAACUUGGGCAGUCUGGGGGGUAGCGUCAGUCCGACCGGAUCCAACAUGAGCGCCUGCAUGGUGCAAGGCGCAUCUUCUUCCGGAGUGCCAGUUUCAACAGGGAUGGCGCCCCACGUGACUCCGCACAGCCCUAGCGAGGCGAAGAGUGGAUAUCCGUACUUAGGUGGCAUCGAUUCUCAGGUUUGCGGAAGAAUUCACUGAAUUUAAUUACGAGAAACGAUCGACUCGUUACUGUUAUAUUUAUUCUGUUUGUUAUUCUUUAUCCUUCUUUUUCUUUUUGGAGGCUGGAUUGAUAAAAAUAUUCGCACGCGUUUUUUAAAAUGAAGUCGACGAAGUGUACUCUAUAAAUUACGCUUCUCUUAGCUUUUAAAUAAUUAUGUUAUAUAAUGUAAAAUGUUAAAUAAUUACUUGCGUUAUUGAACGUUGUUACUUUCAUUAGAAAUUCCAAAAAUAUUCUUUUGAACGACUUUAUAGCAAUAUCAUUUCCAGAAUAACUUUCGAUUGAAGUAAAUGUAAAAAGUGUUAUAUAAUUCUUGAAAGAAGGGUAUUACUAAAAAAUCCGUUUUUGCUGUGCUGGAAAAAAAAGUAAAAUACAUAUCAUUUCUUAGUUUUUUAACGGAACAAUUCGAUGGUGGUAGUCAAAAUAUCAUAUGACAAGAAUACAUAAAACCAUUUUGAGUUUAAAUCGCAGUCGUUAGCUCUUAACUAAUGUUCCGCCAGUAAGCAAUGGCUCUCCUGUCUAAAAUUGCCAGAAAUUAAUCACUAUACUAUUCAAUUGUUUAAAUUGUAAAAAAAGGAAUAAAAUCUGACAUUUUUUUCUCUGAUUUGAACUCAAUUUUUUAUGUUUCUUAUAUGAUAAGACUAGCGCGAUACCAAUCAUCAACGUCGCUUAUAUUAAAACUUAAUACUAUUUCACUAUAUGCCAAUACCAUCCUAAUUAAUGAUAUAGAACCAAUGACUUUCAGCUGUUAUUAUAUUUAUUAUUAUGCUACUUAAAGCUCUUGCUAUAUUAUCGCAGUUUAUAUCGAAUAACAUUAAAACUAAGAAAAAAAGUAAUUUUUUCUUAUGACAUCUCAAAAUAAAAUAAUUUUUUGUACGUUACCACACGUACUUAGUAAAUAAGUCUAUAAAAUAUGCUUUCUAUUUUCUGUAACAAAAUAGUUGUACGAUUCAAUUAUUUGUGAUAAAAGUCCAUUUUUAUUAAAAAUAAAUCAAUAUUUAUAUAUUUAUGAAUUAUAUUUAUAUUUAUACAAAUUAUAUUUAUUAGUAAAAAAGUUAUAUUUAUUAAUGUGUACGUGUGCGCGCAUGAAACACGCCAAGAGAGAAGUAAAUAUAAUAUUACAUAUAUUAUUUUACCACUUUUGAACUUGUUACAAUAUAUAAUGCAAGAAGAUUUAUAUUUUUUCACUUUUUUGAAUUAUAAUUUAAUAUAGUUGUAAUGAUAAAUCCAGUAUUCCAAUUAAUGAUUGAAUAAAUGAAAACGCGCAUUUUAAAUAUUUGAAGAAUGCUUUAAAUUAAUUUUUCUCCUUCUUCCAUCUUGUCCAAUUGAUUGAAUGUAUCUUUUACUAUUAGAAAAAUUAAAUUUUUUUGUGUAUGCUUAUACAUGAAGAACAGUGAUAACAAUUAAUACAGUUAUAAUAAUUAAUAUAAUAAUAAUAUUAGUAUUUCAAAAUAUUGUUGAUAAUUAUCUUAAAAAACCAGCCAAUGUAAAGCCAAUACACGUUUGAUGUCUAUGUACUAUAUGUACUAUAAAAUAAUAUUGCUAAAUAAUACAGGAUUAACAAAACUGCCAGUACUGUGUCACUAUCAUUUGAUAACUGAUCAAUCUCGAACCGUACUUCUGACGUUAGUAAAUUUUUCCUGAGUUUCGUUAUCUUAUUACUCGUCUUAAAAGCUGUAAGAAAUGAUGUCUACUUUAUUGUCUUCCGGUACAACAAAAAUACAAGCCUUUUCGUAGCACCCUUCUUUGGAGAGAAUUUUUUUUUCUAUUUAUAAAUAUGAAAUUGGUAAUUUAAGACACAAAGCGAUUGUAAAUAUCCCGUAACCGCUUUAUAGAUGGUACGUAUAAGCUUUUCCACGGCGAAGUUAUUGCAUAUUUAUGAUAGAGUUAAACUCACGUUUAAGUCGUACGUAGGUAAACCGUUCACCGACUUCUGAGAAGUGUCGUAAUUACAAAGAUUUACUCGUUAGAGUAAUUAGCACUUGGCAGUUGUACAACAACGACGCCUUGGAUGCUUUACCGCCUUAUAGAAUUGCCUUGUAUAGUAAUACAAUAAUAUAAUACAAAUGUGCAUCUAUAUAUAGAUAUAUUCAUUGAAUGAUUCGUGUAUAUUUUACGGAUAAAAUUAUAUAUAUAUUUACAUGCGUAGAUUCACUAAAGAAAAAAAUAUUUGUUAAAACAACUAAGAACUUUCACUGAUUCAGCAGAUUUAUACAAACUAGCCAGUUUUCUAUGUUAAAAUAACAAAAUUUAUAGUUAAACAAAAAUUAGCAAUUAUAAUUAAUUAGCAAUUAUAAUUUCUUAAAAUAAGACCACGAAUUUGUUAAUACAGCGAUAAUCCUUUGCAGGAAAAUCAAUCGAACAUGUAGAAAUUUUAAACAAACCAUACAAUUAAGAUAAUGCAUAUUUUUGUUGUUGUAAUGAAGAAAAUUUAUCACGUUAGCAAAUUUUAUUGUAACAAGCAAUUAAUUGUUGUAACAAUUUAUUCAAUUUCUAGACGUAUCUUCUUUAUUGAAUUAUCAAAUCUUAGUUAUAGAUAUCAAACUUGCGCAGCAAGCUAUAGCUUUGCUGAAUCACCCAAUUAAUUUUUGUCCGUGUCGUAUUGAGUCGUAGAAAAAUUAUCAAUAAAAAUAUUUUUAUCCUCACACAAUCGACGUUGUGACCUUACCCCACGAGUUAUCCGAUUGACCAGUUCGAUUAGUGUAUAAAUCGCACUUAAUAUGCCGUUAACAGUUAUGCCACUUGUGUAAUGCAACAUUAUAUAAAUAAAUGGACUAUGCGGAAAAUUCGUCAUGCUCUUCUGCCAACAUUUCAUCAAUUCUAUUUACUUGUAAGGUAAGUGCAUAUUUAACUCAAUAUCGAGUAAUAUUGAAAAUUGAUGGGCGUAUAAUCGAUUAGCAGAUUUAUUGACUGCUGAAACUUAUUACAUAUCUUAUGGAAAACAAUGUUCCGACUUCUUUCACCGCACAUCUCGCAAAGCAAUAUCUAAAGAGACCGGAGCCGAUUUAAAGGGCGAUGCGUGCAUAAUUCGCGAUCGGUCCCGAAUCGUCAGGCCUGUCUCCCGGUUUUCAGCCGCCCCCGCGAACUCGUCGUUGAUCACGGGCCCGUCGUCAGGAGACAGUGUACGACCGGCGGGGGGUUUGGCAAGCCCCGAAGAGCCGACAAUCGGGCGCGCAGUGACAACGAGCAAUCAGCCUGCCGUAUAUCUACGGGUCCUGUCGCCACGCAUUUGUGCCCCAUUGUGUUGACCAAGUAGGUGGUCGGUUACCUUCCCUCUUCCUCUCUCUUUCUCUCUUUCCCUCGUACUGCCUGGUCUCCAGGAUCUUGUGCGGCACAAAAGUAAUACCGCGCAUUUCGCCCUUACUCUCUAACUUUAACCCUUCGUAUCUCAUUGAGCGAGCAUGUUUACGGAUAUGUGUCAUAAAUGGUGGUACUUUAGUACGACGCCUAGCUUAUUCAGUGAAACGUUUGUAUCACUGAAUUCGCGUCACUUCAUGUUUACAUUUAUCAUAACGAUAAUAUCGGUAACAAACACUAUUUUUGGCAAAUUUGAGUUAUACAUUAAAAUCAUUCCUUAAAUGUACAGUUUGAAAGGAAAAAGAAAAUAGAGGGAAAAAAUUAUAUUUAAUGU